AUGUCUAAUUUGAAUCAUUUUAUAUUUUCAGCGGCUGGAUAUUCGGGCUAUGAUGACUAUGAUGACGGACCAAUACCACGGUUUAAACCAACCAGAAAUAACUAUACUUAUUUCGUCGGGGAACUGGCAGUUUUAGAAUGUGUUGUAGAUAACCUUGGUGAUAAAAAGGUCGUAUGGCGGAAAGGCUCCAAGUUAAUUACAGUGGGUUCCAAUACAUUUGUAGAAGAUGCCAGGAUUCAAAUAGAACAUCCUGCCAGAUCGAACCAAUGGAAUCUGCUGAUUAAACAGGUCCAGUUUAAAGAUGCUGGGGUGUAUGAGUGUCAGAUCAGCUCGAAAGUUCGCCAUCUUAGAUAUUAUGUCACGUUAUUGGUUAAAGGUAAGAAUAUUCAGAUAUCCGGAGCACGAUUUGUAAACCGUGGUGAACGAAUCAUACUUACAUGCAACGCAACAGGUCGAGAACAUCCACCAGAUGACCUAGAUUGGUUCCGAAACGGCGACAAACUCUCAACUAACUUCGCUCAGAAAAUCUACAUACGAAAGAAAGUUAACUUAGGCUUAAAGACAAUUUUUAGUCGUUUAGAAAUUAGAGAUGCUAAAUUAUUAGAUGCCGGUUCUUAUGUUUGUAGAACAUCAGAUUUACAAGUUACCAGUACAAGAAUUAAUGUUUUAAACAGUAAGUAUGGAGCUUUGAUCCUUCACCCGAACUAUAUGUAUAUACUGUUAUAG